UGUAGAGGCAUAAUGGCCCAGUGGUCAGAGCAGCAGACUCGCGAUCAUAGGAUCGCGGUUUCGAUUCCCAGACCGGGCGUUGUGAGUGUUUAUUGAGCGAAAACACCUAAAGCUCCACGAGACAGGGGAUGGUGGUGAACCCUGCUGUACUCUUCCACCACAACUUUCUCUCACUCUUACUUCCUGUUUCUGUUGUGCCUGUAAUUCAAAGGGUCAGCCUUGUCACACUGUGUCACUGUGUCACGCUGAAUAUCCCACGUGUCUGUGGAAUGCUCAGCCCCUUGAACGUUAAUUUCACGAGCAGGCUGUCCCGUUGAUCGGAUCAACUGGAACACUCGUCGUCGCAACCGACGGAGUGCCAACAACGUUUAUCGGUCAGUUUGGUCUUCACUUCCGGUCAGCCAUAACACGCCUUUUAAAGAAGUUUGGAAGCAGACAGAUCCUUUAUACAUAUAUUUAUAUACACACCCCUCCCUCUGCGUAUAUAUAUAUAUAUAUAUAUAUAUGUAUGUAUAUGUGUAUGAUAGACGCACCUAUGAGGACACGGUGUAGCAUGAGAAAGUGUUAAAGAGGAGUGUUGAGGACAUGUAAAUUGCAAAAGGGUGUGAUGAUGUUGAGAACAUUUGUAUUGACCAGUGGAAUUCUGCCAAAAAGAUGUCAUAAUUUGGCAGUGUUUACUGAAAUGACCAGUUUUUACUAAAGGUGUCUGAGAGUAACGAUAUGAUCUGAGACAAACCCAUGUACAACACACAGUUAUAAUAUGACUGCCAGUUGUGUUGGAAAGUCAUUUCAUUAUAGGUGUAUCUUAAAUUGACACACACCAGUUCACAGGAGGGAACAGCUGACUAGUGAGACAUUUCUUUUGAAGAAUAUUAUACAAUCAGCAUCAACUGAUUCAGUUUUGAAAUCUGUUGGAAGGUUUUUUUUGUUUGAGAAAAAAUUUUAUUUUCAUAGCAAGAUUAUUAAAAAAAAAAAGAUUGUAAAGCAGAAUUGUCUGUGAAAUCUCUAUUGUUUGGAAAAUGUUAGAGACAGAGGAGAAACCUUACAUAUGUGAUGUCUGUGGGAAAAUAUUCUCCCAUGAAGACCACUUAACGAUUCAUGUUCGUAUUCACACAGGUGAAAAGCCUUACCCAUGUGAUAUUUGUGGGAAAGCGUUUUCUUGUAACAGUUACUUAUCACAUCAUAAACGUAUUCACAAAGAAAAAAUACACCACUGUGAAUUUUGUGGGAAAUCAUUUUCUCGUACAAGGGAAUUAAUUUAUCACAUACGUGUUCAUACAAGAGAGAAACCAUAUGAGUGUGAUAUCUGUGGGAAGGCUUUUUCACGUAAUAAUAAAUUAUCAGAUCAUAAACGUGUUCACAGUGGGGAAAAACCAUACCAAUGUGAAAUUUGUGGGAAAGCAUUUUCUCAGAAGAGUACAUUAUCAAAUCAUAAUUACAUUCACACAGGAGAAAAACCAUUUCAGUGUGACGUCUGUGGGAAAACAUUAUCGUCUAGCAGCACAUUAUCAUGUCAUAAACGUAUUCAUAAAGAAAAACUGUUUGCUUGCCAGAUUUGUGAUAGAAAGUUUUCUCGAAAUAACGAACUAAUUUAUCACAUACGUGUACACACUGGAGAAAAACCAUACGAAUGUGAAAUCUGUGGGAAGGCUUUUUUACGAAACACCAAACUAUCUGUUCAUAAGCGUGUUCACACAGGAGAAAAACCAUACCAUUGUGAACUGUGCGGGCAGACAUUUGCUUGGAAUAGUCAGUUAAAAAUACACAAACAUGCUCACACCGGAGAAAAACCAUACAAAUGUCCAACCUGUGGAAAAGGAUUUUCUUGCAGUAGUGGCUUAUCAGAUCAUAAACGGGUUCACUCUGGAAUCAGGCCAUAUAGCUGUGAAUUUUGUGGGAAAGCAUUUCCUCGAAAUAGUGCAUUAACAGAUCACAGACGUAUCCACACUGGUGAGAAACCUUACCACUGUGAGAUCUGCGGUAAAUCAUUUUCAAGUAGCAGCAGUUUAUCAGGUCAUAGCCAUAUCCAUUCUGCCGAGAAAGCAUUUCAAUGUGAAGUUUGUGGGAAAGGGUUUUCUCGGAAGAGAAACUUAUUUUCUCAUUAUCGUGUUCACACAGGAAAAAGCACUCGCUUGUUAGCAAUUUCAUCGAUGUGUCUGAUGCAGUAUCCAGCUAGCCCCAUCCUUCUAUGCUGUACCUUCAAUGUUACUUUUGAUAGUCCCUGGUAUUUAAUGGAGAGAAUGUUUCAGAAAAUGAGCAAACGUUACAAAUGCAGUAUUUGUGGUAAAUUACUUACUACAAAAUCUAAUUUAGCUAUUCAUAGGCGCACUCAUACUGGGGAAAAGCCAUACCACUGUGAAGUAUGUGAGAAAGCAUUCUCUGUAGAAUCUUCUUUAACAGGACACAGACGUGUACACACAGGAGAGAAACCGUUUCACUGUGAAAUAUGUGGAAAAUCAUUUUCUACUAAAGGUUAUAUAAAGACACACAAACGUAUUCACACUGGAGAGAAACCAUACCACUGUGAAAUCUGUGGCAAAACAUUUUCACAGUUUAAUGGUAUAAGAAUUCAUCAGCUUAUUCACACUGGAGAAAAACGAUACCAUUGUGAAAUUUGUGGCAAAAGAUUUUCUCAACUUGGUGAUUUAACAAGACACAAACGUAUUCACACUGGGGAGAAGCCAUACAAGUGUGAUGAUUGUGGGAAAGCAUUUUCUAAUGUCAGUAACUUUGAAAGACACAGAAGUGUGCACUCAAAACCUUACCACUGUGAAAUUUGUGAUAAAGCAUUUUCUGUAAAAGAGUCUUUAACAGUCCACAAACGAGUUCACACUGGAGAGAAGCCAUAUGAUUGUGAAGUAUGUGGGAAAGGAUUUAUAGGGAGUAUUACCUUAAGAAGGCAUAAACGUGUUCACACAGGGAAAAUCGGACAUGACUGUGAAAUCUGUGGAAAAGCAUUUCCUGAAAAAUAUCUUUUAACAUUACACAAACGAAUUCACACAGGAGAGAAACCAUAUCACUGUGAAGUUUGUGGAAAAAACUUUUCUGAUAGGUGCGGCUUAAAGAAACACAAUCGUAUUCAUACUGGAGAAAAACCACAUCACUGUGAAAUCUGUGGCAAAGCAUUUUCUGAAACUGGUAGCUUAAAAAGUCACAGACGUAUUCACACGGGAGAGAAACCAUAUCGCUGUUUAAUAUGUGGAAAAGAAUUUUCACAUAAGAGCAGCUUAACAGAACACACACGUAUUCAUACUGGAGAAAAGCCACACUGCAAAAGAUUUUCUCGAGUUAGUAAUUUAUCAAGACAUAAACGUACUCACACUGGGGAGAAGCCAUACAGGUGUGAUGAUUGUGGGAAAGCAUUUUCUAAUUUGAGUGAAUGUGAAACACACAGAGGUGUGCAUUCGAAGCCUUUCCACUGUGAAAUCUGUGAUAAAGUAUUUUCUACAAAAGAGAUUUUAACAGUACACAAACGUAUUCAUACUGGAGAGGAGCCAUAUCAUUGUGAAGUAUGUGGGAAAGGAUUUACAAGUGGUGGCAACUUAAUAAGGCAUAGACGUACUCACACAGGGGAAAAGCGACACUGCUGUGAAAUCUGUGGAAAAGCAUUUCCUGAAAAAUAUGUUUUAACAUUACACAAACGAAUUCACACAGGAGAGCAACCAUAUCACUGUGAAGUUUGUGGAAAAAACUUUUCUGGUAGGUGUGGCUUAAAUAAACACAAAUGUGUUCAUACUGGAGAAAAACGUCAUCACUGUGAAAUCUGUGGCAAAGCAUUUUCUGAAAGUUGUACUUUACAAAGACACAGACGUAUUCACACAGGAGAGAAACCAUAUCGCUGUUUAAUAUGUGGAAAAGAAUUUUCACUUAAGAACAACUUAACAGAACACACACGUAUUCAUACUGGAGAAAUGCCAUUGCGAAUAUUCAUAGCUUUACUAGUUGUUUGGACGUAUUUCCAUUUGAAAGAAGAUUUUCUGCAGAGGAUACUGCAAGUCUACUGUAAACGAUAUGAUUGUGAAAUAUGUGGAAAAUCAUUUUCUAAUCAAGGUUACAUAAAGAUACACAAACGUACUCACACUGGAGAGAAACCAUUUCAUUGUGAAAUCUGUGGCAAAGCAUUUUCACUCUUUCAUACUGCAAGAAUUCAUCAGCUUACUCACACUGGAGAAAAACAAUUCCAUUGUGAAAUAUGUGGCAAAAGAUUUACUCAAGCUAGUAAUUUAUCAAGACAUAAACGUACUCACACUGGGGAGAAGCCAUACAGGUGUGAUGAUUGUGGGAAAGCAUUUUCUAAUUUGAGUGAAUGUGAAACACACAGAGGUGUGCAUUCGAAGCCUUUCCACUGUGAAAUUUGUGAUAAAGUAUUUUCUGCAAAACAGUCUUUAAAAGUACACAAACGUAUUCAUACUGGAGAGGAGCCAUAUCAUUGUGAAGUAUGUGGGGAAGGAUUUACAAGUAGUGGUACCUUAAUAAGGCAUAGACGUACUCACACAGGGGAAAAGCGACACCGCUGUGAAAUCUGUGGAAAAGUAUUUCCUGAAAAAUAUGUUUUAACAUUACACAAACGGAUUCACACAGGAGAGAAACCAUAUCACUGUGAAGUUUGUGGAAAGGACUUUUCUGGUAGCUGCAACUUGGUAAAUCACAAGCGUAUUCAUACUGGAGAAAAACCGUACCCCUGUGAAAUCUGUGGCAAAGCAUUUUCUGAAAAUAGUAGUUUAAAAAGACACAGACGUAUUCACACAGGAGAGAAACCAUAUCGCUGUUUAAUAUUGAAAAUCGUGCUGGUGAAAGGAUCAAAUGAUACCAGAAAAAGACUUUUGUUCACUUUUUGCUGGACGUAUUUCCAUUUGAAAGAAGAUUUUCUGCAGAGGAUACUGCAAGUCUACUGUGUUUGGAUAGAGAUUUAUCAACCAAUUAAUGUCUUCAGAAUUAAAGAAGAAAACUAA